CCUCCACACAAAACACCAAUCAUUUCCUCCUCACUCUCGCUUCUCCUUUUCUGCCUUCCAACCGAAGCCCCAUCCCUUGAUUCCAUCCAUCGUUCGGGAUCCUCCUCCUCUCGCGCGCUUCUAGGACCGGUCCCUCGAAGCUUCUUCUUCUCCUUGGACUCGUGCUUGGCAUGGCGCAGACGACCGUGGUGGUGCCGGAGGUGGGCAUGACGGCGCCCGCGCCCACGGCGUGCCCCUGCCCGGGGUCCCUGUUCCCGUACCCGCCGCCGCGUGCCGGGAUGGCCGUGAGCCGCAAGUGCCUGCGGGCCGCGCAGGCGGAGCUUGGCGCCGGGAUGCUCAGUGGCCUGGUCGAGUCCAUGCGGGCGUCCUCCCCCACGCACGCAAGGGCCGCCGCGGCCCUCGCCGCCGGCGUCGACGACGAGCACGCCGCCUGGAUGGCGAAGCACCCGUCCGCCCUGGGCAAGUUCGAGGAGAUCGUGGCCGCGUCCAAGGGGAAGCAGAUCGUCAUGUUCCUGGACUACGACGGCACGCUGUCCCCCAUCGUCGAUGACCCCGACGCCGCCUUCAUGAGCGAGACGAUGCGGAUGGCCGUGCGCAGCGUGGCCAAGCACUUCCCGACGGCGAUCGUCAGCGGUCGGUGCCGCGACAAGGUGUUUGAUUUCGUGAAGCUGGCGGAGCUCUACUACGCCGGCAGCCACGGCAUGGACAUCAAGGGCCCGGCCAAGUCCUCAAAGUCCAAGGCCAAAGGAGUUCUCUUCCAACCAGCAAGCGAGUUCCUGCCCAUGAUAGAAGAGGUGCAUCAGCGGCUGAUAGAGGAGACGAAGCACGUAGCCGGGGCCAAGGUGGAGAACAACAAGUUCUGCGUGUCUGUCCACUUCAGAUGCGUCGACGAAAAGAGCUGGGGCGCGCUGGCGGAGACGGUGAAGGGCGUGAUGCGGGAGUACCCGAAGCUGCGCAUGUCGCAGGGGCGGAUGGUGUUCGAGGUGCGGCCCACCAUCAAGUGGGACAAGGGCAAGGCCCUCGAGUUCCUGCUCGAGUCGCUGGGCUUCGCCGACUGCCCCAACGUGCUCCCCGUCUACAUCGGCGACGACCGCACCGACGAGGACGCCUUCAAGGUGCUGCGCCGGCGGGGCCAGGGCGUCGGGAUCCUCGUCUCCAAGCACCCCAAGGACACCAGCGCCUCCUUCUCGCUGCAGGAGCCGGCCGAGGUCAUGGAGUUCCUGCUCCGCCUCGUCGAGUGGAAGCAGCUCUCCAAGGCGCGCCUCAGGCUGCGGCGGCAGGCCGACGCCUGAUCGGACGACGAGGAUCGGCCGGCCGGCGGGAAUGGCCGAACUAAUUAUUUCACUGCUACGUGUAGCUUAGCUAGUUAAUGAAAAUCCCCUGCUUGCUCAUCCGAACAAAGCCAAAGGCUACGUACGUGGAUGGGAAGAAGGAACGUACUACGGCGAACCUGCGGAGCAUUGUUGCGCCACAUGUUGUGUUCUAAUUAACCGUCCUUCUUUUUCUGGGGAUGUAUACCGUACCUACCGAUUAUGCAUGCAUGUAAAUUACCUUUGUCCACGUACAAGGGGAGGAACCAUGGAAUAAACAAAGAGAAAUCUGAGUAAAUAGCAA